UGGAAGAACAAGACUUUUUCGCUGCCUGGUGUUGAUCCUGCGACCGUUCCAAGCUUUCUUUGGCCUUUGGGGGAGAGGCAUUCUCGAGCAAAGGGGGAGACGUUCCCCGAGGAGGUGGGUUUGCGCAGGCUCUGGAAGCGGCUUUGGGAGCGGUCUGGGCUUGAUGAUAACAGGCUCAGCCGCAACUUGGAAAAGCGGAGUGUGUGCGGAAAGACCCAGCGUUGCGCACCGGCGCGUCCUAGGAAACAGGCGGUGGAGACAUCGAGUGGAGUCCGCCUUUCUGAACCGGCCCGGCGGCAGCAUCUGUCCUGACUAGCUUUGAUGCCGCCAGCUGGAACCGUGACCCUUUCUCUGAAGAACUCCCACUCGCGGAGGCAGGUGUAGGAGGAUGGCCAGCUCCAGGGCCAGGGGGCUCUUCUGGAAGGUUGCCUGGUUCACCGUCGCCGCCACUGUCUGUGCUCACCUGCAGACACGGGCAGAGCAAUCCCAAGGUGCCUACUUCCUGCCUGAAUUUGCACUUUCUCCGCAAGGAAGUUUCUUGGAAGACACCGCAGGCGAACAGUUCCUUACCUACCGCUACGAUGAUCAGACCUCAAGAAUUGCUCAGUCUGAUGAAGAUAAAGAAGGUGGCUGGGAUGCCUGGGGUGCAUGGAGCGAUUGCUCGCGGACCUGCGGCGGCGGGGCGUCCUACUCCCUGCGGAGGUGUUUGAAUGGCAGGAACUGUGAAGGGAGGAAUAUUCGAUAUAAAACCUGCAGCAAUAAUGACUGCCCUUCGGAUGCUGGUGACUUCCGUGCUCAGCAGUGUUCAGCCCACAAUGACGUCAGGUAUCAAGGACAUCUCUAUGAAUGGAUCCCAGUGUACAAUGAUUCCAGCUCUCCCUGUGCCCUGAAGUGCCAAGCUUUGGGGAAACCUUUGGUAGUGGAGCUGGCACCCAAAGUUCUGGACGGUACUCGUUGCAAUGCCAAAUCACUGGAUAUGUGCAUCAGCGGGAUAUGUCAGGCGGUUGGCUGCGAUCGUCAGCUUGGAAAUCACGCCAAGGAAGACAACUGUGGAGUCUGCGCAGGAGAUGGUUCAACAUGCAGGCUGGUGAGGGGGCAAGCGAAGACGCAUGUUUCCGCAGAAAAAAGGGAGGAAACCGUGAUUGCUGUACCGCAUGGGAGUCGCAGUGCAAGAAUUACUGUGAAAGGACCAGCACACCUUGUGAUUGAAUCAAAGACGUUACAGGGAGACAGCGGAGAACACAGUUUCAGUGGCCCUGGAACAUUUGUCAUUGACAACACGACAGUUGAAUUUCAGAAGGGAGCAGAGAGAGAAACUAUAAAAAUCCAAGGGCCGCUUGGAGCAGAUUUCAUUAUCAAGACCAGGUACACUGCCCCCAAAGACAGCGUGGUGCAGUUCUUUUUCUAUCAACCCAUCAGUCACCAGUGGAGACAGACGGAGUUCUUCCCUUGCACCGUGACGUGCGGAGGAGGUUAUCAGCUGAACUCUGCCGAGUGUGUGGAUAUCCGUUCGAAGCGCGUCGUGCCAGAUCAAUACUGCCAUUACUACCCUGAGAACAAGAAACCGAAGCCUAAGCUGAAGGAAUGUAAUAUGGACCCUUGUCCUUCUAGUGAUGGAUUUAAAGAAAUCAUGCCGUAUGAUCACUUCCAGCCACUUCCUCGCUGGGAACACAACCCGUGGACUGCGUGUUCCGUUUCGUGUGGCGGUGGAAUUCAGAGAAGGAGCUUUGUGUGUGUGGAGGAGACCAUGCAUGGAGAGAUCCUGCAAGUGGAGGAGUGGAAAUGCAUGUAUGCCCCCAAGCCCAAGGUCAUGCAAGCUUGCAAUCUGUUUGAUUGCCCAAAAUGGAUAGCUCUGGAAUGGUCUCAGUGUACGGUGACGUGUGGCCGAGGGUUACGCUACAGAGUGGUGCUGUGCAUUGACCACCGUGGGCAGCACACCGGGGGCUGCAACCCUCAACUCAAGCUGCACAUCAAAGAAGAGUGCAUCGUGGCAGUCCCUUGUUACAAGCCCAGAGAGAAAAACCCUGUCGAAGCCAAGCACCCUUGGUUCAAGCAAGCACACGAAAUGGAGGAGACCAGGGUGGCCUCAGAAGAACCAACGUUUAUACCUGAGCCCUGGUCCCCUUGCAGUGCCUCUUGUGGUCGCGGUGUUCAGGUGCGUGAUGUGAAGUGCCGUAUUUAUCUCGCAUUUACUCAGACUGAGGUGGAGUUGCCAGACGAAGAGUGCGAAGAAUCCAAACCACCCACUGAGCGUAGUUGCUACCUGGAGUCUUGUGAUGGGGACCCUGUCCCAUCCAUCCUGGAAAUGUCUCACACCGAAGAUUCUGAUGUCGUCUAUGACUGGGAAUACAUUGGUUUCACCCCUUGCUCGGCUGCUUGUGUUGGAGGCACUCAAGAAGCGAUUGCAGGAUGCCUCCAUGAGCAGACAAGGCAGACCGUAAACGACAGCCUGUGUGACAGCUCUAAGAAGCCCCCACCCAUGACCCGUGUAUGCAGCACAAGGGUUUGUCCCCCAAGGUGGCAGGUGGGCCACUGGCAACGGUGUUCUGCCACUUGUGGGGUCGGCAUACAGACAAGAGAAGUGCGCUGCCAGCAACCCGGAGGAUCCGCCGUGGCCCUCGGACACUGCAAGGACAAAAAGCCUCACACUCUGCAAGCUUGUAACCAGAUAGACUGCCCCCCGGGUUGGCACGUUGAAGAAUGGCAACAGUGCUCCCAUACUUGUGGCGGAGGCAGCAUGAAUCGCAAAGUGACAUGCAGGCAACUCUUGAUGGAUGGAAGCUUCCUCAAGCUCCCGGAUGAGAAGUGCCAUGCACCCCGACUGGCCACUCAUAAACCCUGUGCCAAAACAGAUUGUCCUCCACAGCUGGUUGUGGGAGACUGGUCAAGGUGCUCUGUAAGUUGCGGUGUUGGGACACAGAGGAGGAAACUCACCUGCCGAAGGCUCACAGCCAAAGGCCAGCAGGUUGCGUUAAACGGAUCGGUCUGCAGCGAUCUCCCAGUGCCUCUGCUUGUAAGGCCUUGCCACAUGAGUGCCUGCAACAAGAUGAAACAAGAAGGAAAACCCAACCUUUUGGGAAAGUAUCCUUCCCAGGGGCCACGGAUUCUCAGCAUCCACAGAGUCUAUAUUCAGACAAGGCAAGAAAAACGUAUCAACUUUACUAUUGGGAGCCGUGCGUAUCUACUUCCAAAAACAUCUGUGGUCAUUAAGUGCCCGGUUCGGAAGUUCCAGAAGUCCCUUAUCCAAUGGGAGAAAGAUGGAGAGCGCCUCCAGGUCUCUAAGCGAAUUGGAGUCACCAAAUCAGGAUCCCUCAAGGUGCAUUCUCUCGAGUCUUCCGAUAUCGGGGUAUACAAGUGUAUUGCGGGUCCAGCACAAGAGACCUUUGUUCUGAAGCUCAUUGGGACAGACAACAGGCUAAUCGAACCCCCUGCUUUUAGGAAGCAUGUGGGUGGGAGCAGCAGCACAGAACACAACGAGGCCAACAGCUUCGGAGCCAAGUGGCAUAAGAUGAGCCAGAUGUGGCAGCUUUGGAACCAGAAAAGUGAGCAGUAUCUGGGCAAUGGGCAAGUUAAUGACCAGCCGUUCUUGCGCCAUCUUGAAUCCCCCACAAGGAAUUCAGCAGAAGGGUACAGCUCUCGUGAAUUCAGAAACAAGCGCCUGGAGGCCGUCGUCCUCUCUGGUGCUUACAGUAUGGAUACAGUACAUUUUGAGGAGCUGAUAAAGAAUUUGAGUCACCUUGUUGAGGCUGGGGAGGUCAACGAUGACUUGGCCUCUCAGCUCGUCUAUCAGUUGAUCGCAGAGUUGUCCAAGCCUCCGCAAGCCGUUUCUGAAAAAGACGAAAAGCUGCCUUCCAAGAAACCUGGAAAAUCUCCAAAUACAGCUGAUAAUCUCAGCACGAAAGCCCAGGACCAUGUGAUGACAAGUCACAAGGGCCCGGUUAUUAUAAGACAAAGAGAAGGACCACAGGUUUAUUCAAACAAAACUGUGACUGUCCGCGUUGGGAAUACCGCUUUUGUGACACAGGACACCCAUGUCAUACAUAUUCUUUGUGAAGCUAUUGGGCCUAGCGACCCUCAGUAUACUUGGACCAAAGACGGAGUGGAGUUAAAGUCCUUUGAGAAAGUGGUUUUGGAAGCUGAUGGCAAAGUCCAGAUUUUGAAUCCCACCAGGAAGGAGAUGGGUGUCUAUCGUUGCAUGGUGGAGAAUGAUUUUGGGUCCGACAUGGAAACUGCUGCAUUGUUUUAUGCAGAAGCUCCCACCAUAGAGUCCUCUGCAAAAAACAUCACACAUUUGGAGCUUGGAAACAUUUCCGUGGCCGUCGGAGGUACAAUCCUGGCAAGAGCUGGAGCAAACCUGACCCUGGAAUGUCCGGUUCAGGGGCUUCCCCAACCAGAUGUCACUUGGAUUCUGAAUGGGAGUUCCCCAAGAAACCAGUUUCCCACCGCGGAGAAUGGCUCCUUACUCCUGAGGAACAUUUCCCAUGAAAAUGCCGGAACGUACAUGUGUACGGCCACCAAUGCUCUUGGAAAAGCUGUAGCCGCUACUGUCCUUCAAGUGGCUGAGCGAAGGGUUCUGGCGUCUAACAAUGGAUCGUCCAGCAACAAUCGGAGGAAGCGCGUCCUCAUGGCAUCUGGAAUUGGCACCAAUCUUAGUGUGGCGCUUGGGGAUCUGCUGAGGAUAGGUUGCCCGGUACAUCCUAGUACAAAGAAUACAAUUCGCUGGUUCUUCAAAAACCAACCUAUUGAAGAAAUUCAAGGCUUCAUUCACAGAAUCCUGGUUGGGGGUCGUAUUCUAGAGGUCAACAUCACCUCUGGCCAGUUUUCCGGGCAAUACAGAUGUUGGGCAUCAUCAACCGUGAAGCCAUUGUCUGUUUGGGUAAAUGUCAAGAAGGAAGGUCAUAGAUGGGAGCUUGGGGAGUGGAAUCCUUGCUCUGCCACUUGUGGGAACUUGGGGAGGCAGUUCCGAAGACUACAGUGUGUGAACGCCAAGGAGCAAAGAGUUAACAAGUCCUUCUGUAAAGAAAGUCAGAAACCAGUUGCCCCUUAUCAGACCUGCAACGUCCGUGAUUGCCCUGGCAGAUGGGCAACAAGCACUUGGUCGGAGUGCUCUGUUUCGUGUGGCAAUGGAUUUCGCCAGCGGCAAAGAAUGUGCAAGCAAGUGAAAGCCAAUGGUACCACUGUAACGCUGCCUCUGGGCGCUUGCAUACAGCAAGAGCGUCCUGUGGACCGGAAACCUUGUUCGGGACAUUCAUGUACAGAAUGGGUUGUUCAUCCGUGGGGUCAGUGUGUCGGCCGCUGCGUUGGACGUGCAGUGGCGCUACAGCACCGUCUCGUUCGGUGUCCGCAUCGGAACAGAUCGGCGGCAGCAAACUCGCUUUGCGAUUCUCAAAAGAGACCGCCCCUUAGAAGAAACUGUCCUUCGGACAAAUGCGAUGUGUUCUGGCGGACAGGUCCCUGGCGGCCUUGCACCGUUGACUGUGGGAGCGGGUUCCAGUCACGACAAGUCGACUGCAUACACAGGAGAAAUAAGAGGCCUGUCGCAGAUCAGUACUGUGCCUGGAGGAAGAGGCCGGUGACCUGGCAGCACUGCAGGGUCACUUCCUGUGGCCAAGGCGAAUGCAAGGAUACGACUCACUACUGUUCCUUUGUCAGGCAUCUAAAAUUAUGCUUGGUAAACCUCUACAAACAAAGGUGUUGCCAGUCAUGCGGAGAAGGUUAUUCUUCUGUGGAAGGUUCAUGAUGCCGCAAUGAGGAUAUCGCAAGAAGAGAGUGUUGUUUCAAUCCAGACUGCUCUGGACGAAAAAGAGACAAAUGAGUUAAAUCACAUGGGAUGGAUGAAAAGCAACAUAUGAAUAUUCCAGACAAGCCGCCCCCCCCCCUUCCUGGUUUCUGCUUCUUUUCUUACAAUGGAAGCCUUAAAGGAUAUUAAGAAGAGAAUAUCAUGGUGUGUUGUCUGUGGAAUAUUACAGCUUUAAGGGCAUCGGGGGAAACUCAUUGGCUAUCAGGUUCCAGAGAAAUCUUCCUACUAUAUAUAGAGUGUCACAAAUGAGUUUACAUGACCUCAUGAAGUAUAAAGGGAUGUAGCAUCCAGUUACCUUUCGCUUGUUUUGUUGCCCUUCUGGUUUCUCUCCUUAAGACAAUACUGAAAAUGCAUCGAAAUUGCAGUCAGUAGCUAUACAUUUUUUUAAAAAAUUUUUUCCAGUGGCUGUAUUUCCUUAACGUCCUAACAGAAAGGGCAUCAACGCAGGCUUUGUUUUAUUAAGAUUAGCUGUCAGAUGGGUCCGUAGUUCAUUUUCCUUCCUCCAUUUAAGUGCAUGCAAUAAAAGGCAAGGUGCGUGCCGUUUGGAUUCUCAGACUUGCCGUGGGAUUGUUUUGGGAUCAAUGAGGUGUCAUUUUUCUGGGGUGGUUCCCAUGCUUCCGCUUCAGUCUCUUUGGAAUCUGAUCAAAGCUGAGGCACAAUUAGUCUAAUAUGAAAUAGGAUUUGAGGUUUCUAUAUGGGAGCUUGGAAUUUGGGUUUUAUGUUUGCGAACUAUUCUCUUCUGCUUGGUCAGAUGGGAAAUGAGCAGAUCUCCAGCCAAAUGUGUCUGUCAGGCUGGAUUGCUCUUGAAGAAAUGCUCUGUACUUUCCCAGUCAUUGGAAAGAAACAAAACAGAAAGAGCUGUUAUAGGUUGAGAAAGACAUGUGUUAAGCAUCAGUUUCAAUUGGUUUUCAUUCAGCCCUACUAUUAUGGAUUUAGACUUCUUGCAUGCUAGCAAGUUCUCAGAACGACAACUUCAAGUAGUUCUUUUCUGCCACACAAAUUUCAUACAUAAAGUCUGACCAAAAAACCACACACCAAAACCCUAUUGGCUUUCAGCUUUUGAGAAAUGCAAACAUUAUGAAUAAAUGCAGCCACAUUUAGAAUAUGUGUACAUUUCUGGUUGCCCCACAGAAGUUAGAUAGUUGCAGAAAAAAGCAUCCAGAGUCAUCAAUGGGUUAGGGUUAGGGUUUUAGGCAAGGGUCUUUCCCAGCCCUACCUGGUGAUGCCACCAGGGACUGAACCCUUAAAGUAAAGCAGAUGCUCUACCACUGAGCUACAUCCUCAUCCCCUAAAGGCAGGGGACAUGGUAGAGGUUUAUAAAAUUAAGUAUGGGAUAGGACAAAGUGGAUGUGGAAACGUUUUCCUCCUCCUUCUGUAAUGCUAGCAUUUGGGGGGUCACCCCAUGAACCCGAUUGGCAAUAGAUUUGGAGGAACAAGAGAAAAUAUGUCUUCAUGAAAGGCAUAAUUCAUUCAUUCCAUUUGACUCCACAUGUUAUGGAAGUUUCCAUUGGCUGAGAUGGCUUUGAAAGGAGGUAAGUGAUGGAAGAGAGGGCUAGGAACAUAGGAGGCUACUUUAUACCGAGUCAAGACAACUGGUCUAUUUUCCCCAUCCCUACCUGGAGAUGCUGCCUGGGAUCUUCUGCACGCAAAGCAGAUGCUCUACCCAUGAGCGAUGGCCCCAUCCCCACCUAUCUCAUCCCUGGCUACCAAUGGCUAUGACUAACUAGCACCUCCCAUCGGCAGAGGUAGGAUUCCACUGAAUGCUAGUUGCUGGGUGGUGCCAACAGCACGAGAAGACUUUGGCUGGAUUGCCCUGCUGCUGUGCUUCUCUGAGCUGUCUGGGUGGUUACUAUAGGAAAAGGAUGCUAGACAAGAUGGACCUUGGGCCAGAUCCAGCAGGGCUCUUCUGAUCCUAUCUUCUGUUGAUGUCGAAGAGGUGUCCUGUCCUGGGGUUUUUCAUUUGCUUGCUUUUCAUCCACAACUCCUGGGCUCUUGCACAAAAUGCCAGAAGGUGUGUUUUGUUGAACUGGACCUCAUGGUAAUAGGCAAUAUCUGAGGUUUUGUUUCUGCCUGUCUGUUAUAAAAAGAUUAGUGUACUGGGGUUUGGUUUUGUCUCACUGACAAUUAAACUUGCGCUACUGUAUAGAAAACCUGGAAUGUUGGAUAACUGUGUCCUUGAAUGACUGCAAGGUAGAGAGGUGGCCAGUCGCAAUCAAAUCAAAGUUAAGCACUUGGGAACAGUUUGCAAUCAGUGGAUUCGAGCGGUAAAGCUUUUCCUGGAUUGUACUACUUCAGACUGCAGGCCGGCUGCAUGCUGUUGGGUGUUUGUGGGGGGUGGGGGGGAAUCCUCCCUGCAGAUAGAAAAAUAGCAUACUAGGGAGAAGAGUAGAAUUUUGCUGCACAGGAUACUAGUUUUCUACAUGCAGGGAACUUUUAACAGAAAAUCCCCCCCCUUCACAAUGCAAGCCUCCCACCUGCAGAGUGAAGUGGAUCAGUCUAGGAAGAGCUUUAUCAGCUGGUUCUGCUGAAUGUAUAAACUGGCCCUUCUGAUCCACACUAGUGUCAAUGGGAGAGUACAGCACAUGCUUAACUCUCAUUUAAUUCAGUGGAUUUUAAAGCGAUUAGCUUUGACUGGAUCAUGGCCUUGGCUUUUAAAUCAGUCAUGGGUCUUGUUUGUUUAUACCAUAUUUUUUUUUAAAUUAAAACACAUGUAAUAUACUUUUGUAUAUAUUUAUUAUCUGAUCUAAAAGUGCAAUAUUUUUGUACAGUGUGUAAUAAAGAUUUUUGAACAUAUUUUUUCUUAUUACUAAAACUGAUUAGUGGUUUUCCUUUGGAUUUGGUAUUCGGACACCAUUAACUGCUAGCACUCUUCUUUUCUUUUGCUAGUACUUGGGUUGCAAAUGCAUGUUCUAGAGAAUUAGAGCUGUGAAUGUUUGUUACAAGCAGUUUGAUUCUGUAGUCUGUUUUAGUGCUACCAUGAUAACAAAAAAUAUUUAUACAUGAACUUAAUUUUGAUAUUGACAAAUAAAUAGUACUUCGGUGA